AAGAGCGCAAGAGAAAGAGGAAGAGGAGGGGCGAGAAACAUGGCGUCUGUGCUUGCUGUUUGUAGUGGUCUAGGGAGGACAAAGUUGACGCACUUUUUAAAGACUACAGUUCGUCUCACACAUCCGGGGACUCACACAGUGUUUUGGAAAAAUUAUUCACAGUAUCAACAGAUAACAAGCAAUGAGGACAUGCCCAUUCCAAUGGAAAACCCUUAUAAGGAGCCUCUUAAAAAAUGUAUCUUGUGUGGAAAACGUGUAGAUUAUAAGAAUGUACAGCUUUUGUCCCAGUUUAUUUCUCCAUUUACUGGAUGCAUUUAUGGAAGGCACAUAACAGGUCUUUGUGGGAAGAAACAAAAAGAAAUCACAAAAGCAAUAAAGAGAGCUCAAAUAAUGGGAUUUAUGCCAGUUACAUACAAGGAUCCUGCAUAUCUCAAAGACCCUAAUAUCAAAUAUAGGGAGUAA